AUGGCCAUGCUGGGCUUCAGACGGGUCAUCCAGCGUCUCAGCCCUGGCAAAGAUUCAUUAAAUACCAAUCCUAUACCGACCACUGACCCCCUGAUCACUGCAGAAGCGCCACAAGUCUAUCUCCCGCAUGUGGACACGCAAUUGAACAUGCACCAGCAUAACGAUCUCGAAGAAGCGGUCACCGAUGCCCACACGCAGAAUGGUACUUGCCAUCCCACUCCCCCACACUCCGCCCAUUCCAGCUCACAUUCCCCAGGUGACUAUACCACCCAAGCUUCGAACCCGUCCGUAUCCGAGACAAAUGGCGAUGUUCCCGCGACAGAAUGGUCCGCCGUCGGGCACGCAGCGACUGGCAAAUCAGGGCGCGUCAUCCACAACCUGCAGGAGGAGAUCGCACGAUUGACGCGCGAAUGCUCGGUACAAAAGUCCCGCGCAGAGGAGUACCAAAGGACGAACGAGGCCUACAAGAUCCAACAACAGAAUAUGAACGAGCGGCUCCGCAAUCUCGAGCAAGUGAAUGACACGAACCUCAAUUCGAUCGCGCGCAAAGACCGCAAGCUGGAGGAACUCCGGGUCGAGCUCCAGGGUGAGCGGAAUAAGCGCCGAGAUGCUGAGGAGUCGUCAAAUCAAACGAAUCAGACGAUGUUCGAGGAGCGGGAAAUUCACAAUCGGGAGCAAGCUCGGCUACAGGAACAAGCCAAGUUCUACGAGACACAAUAUGAAGUGUUGUCCAGCUCGAAUAAACGCGAUAAAGCCGAUUCUGCGAAACGCAUCAAUGCAAUCUGGGCGAGGGUUGAGACGCUUGCCGGUGCCGAGACAACCCAUAUACACUCUACAGAGAGGCUGGAGGUUUUGGCGGAUCAGAAGAACCGCGAGGUUGAUGCGCUCAAAGACUCUUAUGAGAAAUUGCUCGCCAAGCACACUGAAUAUAAGGAUAUGAAGGAGAAAGAAUUCCGGGACACGAUUGAUGCGGCCAGAUCAAACAACGCGGCCAUCAAUGACACUCUUGCCAAACUCAAAGAGACGGAGACGGAGAUGAAAUGGGUUAUGCGUCUCCACACCAGUCGCGAAGGCAAAGAAUGA